CACCUUCAUGUUUGUUAGAAUGGUUUUCCGAUGAAGAUUUUGCUAGACAACACAAAGAAAGUAUCAGCUUGCUAGAUACUUACAAAAAAUGAUUCGGUCGGCGCCAAGAGCAAAAUAGAUACAGUGACCUUCGCGUAAAGAUCUAAUGCGAAGUGAGUGUCGAAUUGAAUGAUUCGUGUGAAGUUCUUCUAUCAUCGUCUAUGAGGUCGCAGAGGCGCAAUUUGCACCAGAUGGAGAAUGUUGAGAGGCAUUGCACAAGACCCGGGCGCAUCUAUCCCCCCCUUCUGCCGGAACUGCUUUUUUUGUGGGCGCUCAUCUCCGAUUUUGCAUUGUCCAAACCGGAUGCCGGUCAGGGAGAUGCUGCAACUAGCGCCUUUCAGGGUGCAGAGCAGUCGAAUCACCACCCAGCGGUCGCGGAGAAACUUGCUGCGAAAGCUUCCAAGAACAAAGAAAGUAGCAAGUUGUCUCUACUCCCUGCAUCUACUGACGGUCGCUGCGGUGCGGGGUUCGGGACGCGGUGCGAAAACGGUUGCUGCAGCGCGUUCGGGUGGUGUGGGGGCAGCGCGGAUUGGUGCAGUUGCGACCAGGGCUGUGAUGAACGGUAUGGACGCUGCGGGCAGUGGUGGAAGGCUGCAGUUGGAGAGCACAUGUGCAAGCAGAGCACAGGCGCCGUGGGCCCCUUGCUGGCACAGGCCGCGGCCGUGUUUCCCGAGGUCAGUUUCAACCUAGGGGAGUUUCAGGGUGGACGGAGUUCCGACGACGCGACCAAUUUCCGGGAAGACCUUUUCGAGCAUCACAUCUUCCAGAUCCAGUCCAAGUUUCCCAGCACUUCUUUCGAAAAGCUCACCGACGGGCUUCGCACUCUUGCUGCCGCCUUACCCGGUAUAAUUUCAACGAUCUUCGCAAUCACAUACUACAGAGUACGUUGCAUUUUCCGUGUAAAGUACGUAGAGAACAACAUACAAUUUUCAGGCCCACUCAAAUACAGACCACUAAAUCAUCAAAUGUGAUUCGGAGCCUGGAUGCUGAUUUUUUUGGUUUAGUAUAAAUAUCGAAAAGCCUCGAUGAGUUGCAUUGCUAGCGCUGUUCAGCUCGUGUGUCGGUCGAGUACUUACCAAAGCUGUCCUGACAGCUAACCUCACGCACAUCGUAACAAUACCCAAAUUGGCGCAUAUCGGUCGCUGACAUUGAUACAAAAAAGCUGAAAACGUUAUUGCAGGGUUGAAAUUUGCCGAGGUGGAGGAUGUUGUUGCACAGCAGUCGGCUGCGUUUGAUUUCGUUGCGUUCGCGGAGAGCUUUCGGAUUCUGCGCACCGCCCCGUUUGACGACUUGCGACUCGGAUGGACAUGGAAGUAUUUGCAAGACUUUACUGCCCAGGACGGACAGCGCCUGGCGCCGCAAGUUGAGACGGCGGUCGCCCAAAGUCUAGCAGAUUUCUCGAACUUAUUCGAACAAAGAACGAACUUGGCCUCGGUGAUGGACGGGUAUCGUGACGUUUAUCGCAAGGAAAAAGUGUUACAGUUACACAUUGUAUUGCAAGCGGCAACACAGACAACCUUUCUCAUGCAGGAAAUGCUUGGGAGCCUCGUUUCCUUCCUGUUUUCCCUUAUGAUCUUCGCAUUGCAAGUUUUCUCUGCCACACAGAGAAAAUUUGCGAUGCAGAAACUCCAACAGAUGUGUACUAACUGUAACACCUUUUUCUCAUGAUAACGUUGCCCGCUACUUCAGUGACGUGCAAGACGUGCGACAAUUGUACACCCAGUGCGCGAAGCUUAAGGCCAGUGGAUUUCAGAGUGCUUUCCGGGACCGCCCGGAAGAUCUGAUCCGAAGUCUUCUCGACGCACGGUUUCUUGCCGAUUCCCUGAGAGGAGCCACGCAAGGCGAACCUCUGGUGCAACUAGUUGACCUGCUUUCUGCGGUAAAAAUGCGCGGGUCGGUAAACGACAACUUGACGGCUGCAGUGUCUCACUUGACCUGGCUGCUGCAGGCCUUUCCGUUGCAGGAGACAUGUGUUCCUGCUGACACUGCCCGUUCUGCUGCCGUCGGCGUGGUUUUCCAGGAGUCGGGUGAGGUUCGUGAGGACAGCACGGCUGCCACCGCGACGGCAAACAGUGCAGCUGACGGCUUGGAUACAACAAGAAGCGCUUCUAAGGCAGCGACGAAAUGGCCUCAAUCUGCCUCGACUUGCACAACGAGCGCGGGUUUUCGCGAUGACGUAACAAGUUUGCUGCGCUCCUUUGGUUUGCACGAACUCAGGGAGUUGAGAACCGAGAUGGAGCGCUUCGUCCAAGGCUUCCCCAAGGAGCGGAACUUUCAUGUGGUUCGUAGCGAAUUUGAGAAGCUGCGAGGAUUGUCCACCGCCACCGCCGACCCAUCUUCUGCGACGAACGGGAAUGGCGCCACCGAUGGCUCUUUGAUAUCCAGUCUCAGUUCGUUGACUGGCCCUACGACCACUGCGGUAGCAUUGGCGGAUGCCUCCGGAAGUAAAUCCCUGCAUCCGAUUUCGCUGACGGAGGGCGUCAACGGGGUUCUAGACUUCCUUGCUGCUUACGGAGACCAGGACUGCAACGUUGACUCUGUACCGGAAGUCCCAGAGGCAAGUGGUGCCCGAACAAGCACCGGGGAGGCCAGCUUGUCGGUAAAGAAAAUUCGCGACCUGCAGGGCCUGGAGCCACUAGUGACGGAACUUCUGAAGCAAACCGGGCCGCUGCUGUCCGGCCGCUGGGUGAGUCUGAAGGAGCUCGCUGGGGAUGUUAGCCUGCUGAAGAAGCAAGCAAUCAGGCGAUACCGGCGCCUGCUGCAGUUACAGGAGUCUGAAAAAACCAAUAAGGUUGAGCUAUCCUGUGUAAAGACGCCUCUCUCCAAAACACACGUGUUAUGUUGCAAGUCCUUUUUCCAUCAAUUUCAUCGCAGCGAGCCGCAUGUGGCGAGGCACGUGCCUGCACUAUUUUGUCCAUAUGCCGCUCGCUGAGAGGUGCUUUGAGUGUAAAUAAUUAAAACCGGGCUGGACAAGUAAAGUGAAAAUGGACUGCACCCGUAGUACUCUAGUCACCAGGAAAAAAUACUGGCUCCGUGAUACGGCGAGGCUAGUUUCUACUCGUGAGGACAGUGCGGGUCCACUUAUCGUUCGCAAUUUCCACGGUAAAAAAGCUGCACAAGCUGUUUGCUUCAUAAUUAAGUAUGCCCCAUGGAUUGUAAAUACUCGUAUAGCUACAGCACCAGAGCUCGCACCUUGACACUGUAGUAGAGGAAGAGCGUUUGUGUCGCACAGGAUACCAGCAGGACUUUGACAACGGCAGAAGUUUGUACGCCCGAAGGCGUGCGGAGGAGUACAACGAGUACCUCGAGGACAUGUACUACGAGUGGCAGACCGAGGUGGUGCGUCCUCGUGUGGCGCAGGCGAUUGGCAGUGAUGCUGACGGGUCAACCUCAACUUCUGCCAGUGAUCAACAGGAGCAGGCAGAGCAACUCAAGCUUGAGGAGGAAUUGCUUGGUCCCUCUCCUCCCGAAGAGGAGCGCAAGACCUUUCGCGCAUCCAAAAAGUUCGUGGAUUCACACUGGUUUCGGAACAUCGCCGAUGGGAUGCGUUUGCUAACGACUCUGAAACUAUGUUAUCCGUCGGAAUCACUUACAGACCUGGCUCAGGUCGGGUACUUGCUCGGGGACUUCGCGGGCGUGACGUUCCCAAAGGUACGCGGAGGUUUAGAUGAUACUAGCGGCACGACGACCGAACUUGCUGAGAACUACCCGCUGCCGGCGGGAGAGCAACAGCAACAAGCAGGAGCCACUGGAAGUCAAGGCCGUCGACUCCGCGAAAGCACCGGAUCGGCGACGCGGAAGCACCGGGUUGACAAAAUGCGCACCGCCUCUUUGCAUAUCGGCCGGGAGCUGUGUCGGCUCGCGAAGUCGCGUGUUGGUCGGGACGACAGUGUGAAGAACAUGCUUUCGUGGGGCUACACCGACAAUGGUCUCGGCGAUCAUCCUUUCUCAUUCUCCGAAAUGUUGCAGGCACUGGAAAACCUAAGUGAUUACUCGCUUGAGAAAUCGGCAGACCACUUCUUUGCGAUCACUGCGGUUCUUCGCAGCAUGAUUCACGAAGUUGGCACGACAAACGAGGCGCUGCGUCUAUCAGCGAAGAUUGGGCACCUGCGGUACCAGUUUCUUCAAAGCCCGGCGGGCGCGGCGGGAACUAGUACAACACAGCAGUACUACGACUUCUAUUCGUUUGGCGGGCAGGCGCAGUGGGGCAAUCGGGGCGACGACUUGAGCGCAGUUCCGGCGGCCGCGUUGGCGGGUACGACGACGCCCGCACCAACCGUCACACUGGAGCAGCAGUACGGGGCUACCAUCUCCCUGGUGGAUAUGGGAGUGUCAGGAUCGAAAUCGUCAAAGUUGAAAUAAUCUGCAAUGCAAAAAAGCGAUACCAGCUGGAGCCCAGGUGGCGCAUGACAAAUUUUGGCAGCAUGGAAAUCCAAUUUGUAAUGUUGUUUGAGCAGAGCAGACUGCUUUUGUCAUGCUAUUUUAGCAGCUCUAUCUCACACCCCAAACAGGCUUACAAUCGGCCUCAGUUGCCUGCUCUGCAAGACAGGCACUUUGCGUCUAGCAUUUUGUGCAUCGCAAACUAUUUCAACUUUGACGAUUUCGAUCCUGACGCUUCCAUAGUGGAUUCUAUCAUGACACCGACCGACGACGUGGUAGACAACGAGGUUGCGGUGGGGUUUCAGGACGAACUCGAGAAGCUGCAAACGGACCACGCCCAGGACCAGCAGGCCGUCGCGGAAACUGUGGCAGAUUUCUUCGAGGACGUGGAUGCGCAACGGUCGCUCGAGCAAGGGUCCUCGUCGGUUGGCGCCGCCAAGACGUUGAGCAACAAGGAGGACAGGGACUACAGCUCACGUCUUGACGCUCCGUUCAGCAAUUAUUACGGUGAUCCUAGUGCUGGUGCGGCCACUGACGACGGCGAGGAUCAGGAGCAGGACGUGAAUGUCAGGGGUGGAGGCCUUUCUUCGUCCGGACUCCUGAUGGCGUCCGCUACCGCCGCGGAGAGUCAGAUGGUACCACCCCUCCGGGAAGUGUGGACGGAGCUGAACUCUGUACGCCGUCUUUUCUGGGAACAGGACACUCACCUGGAGGUCCUGGCUGCGUGGGAGACGCUGCGCGAGCUGUACCCGAAAACCGACAUGCGGAGCGUGCUUGAUGCCGUAGAAAUCACGUCGCGGCUCUACUUUCCAACUGAGGCGGAUCUCAUCGCGAAUGAGAAUGAGGACAUGGAGCAAGAAGAGCUGUUCAUGGACGAGGAUGCGUACAUUUUUGCAAGGUCAAAUCUCGCACCAGGAGACAACGAGGAAGAGAUGGACGGCACCAGUGAGAACAGCGCCGGACGGUCCUCGUCGUCGAGUUCUUUUCUCGCGGUACUCUUCAGCGAAAUUAAAAACUUUAUUUUCGGCCUCCUCGGUAUGUCCGCGGCUGCGGCAACAGAUGCAGCCGGAGCUUCUUCCGCCCAGCUGCCCCUCGCCAAUGUCGUUCGCCCAAGGAAGAUUGAUGUUGCGGCAAUUGUGAACCCUGGGGACCCGGACGCACCGGCAUCCGCGAAGAAUUCGGACAGCAGAGUGGAAAAUGACAUUUUCGAGGAUGAAGAGAGUUCUUUCGCCUCUCGCCGCAAGCUGCGGCCGGUGAGCGAAACUGCGGAACGGGACGGGAAGACCUACAAGCUCAGCACAGCACUCGUCAAGCCCUUGCGCGAGCUUCGGGCAUCCGGCAAUGAAGUCUUCGACACGGACCUGGUAUCUAUCACUUCGCUGCUGACAAUAUGCAUUUUUGCGAAUAUGUCUGGGCCUGGAUGAGGGCAGAUGUUAGUUUGCCAUGAUGUUUUACCGCGACUCGGAAGACCUGGCUUGGAAGUAGCCCUAGCACUUGUAAAAUACAGACUUCAAAGACGAGAAUGGUUCUUUGUCUCAUUGCCUUAGUACUCGCAUGACAAAUCGUCUCUUUCGCUGACAAGAAGUCGGCAACUUUUGCUGUCCGUGCUUCUGGUCGCGAUCGUGGAGGGUGGAACCUGCACCAGCGACAGAGAUUAUUAUUGUGCGACCAGCCACCCAAUAUCACAGGACGCGUUUGCCUUUUUUCAGACCCCGACACAUUCGCAAAGCAUAGACAAAGAUCAAACUCUUGGCGCGCGGAAACACAGAUCUCAACUUUCGUGCCGCGAUAAGGUUGCUGGUGCAGCAGUUUCAGACUUUUUUGUCGGACGCAGAGAGCCUGGAUCCCGAAAUGAACGCGUUCCUUCACAUGUAUGUGGAAAUGCAACCGGAAGCGACGCUGCACUACGCGUAUCGAUAUCCCCUGCAAAUAUUUUUGAGUCGGAAAGUUGUAAUUAUAAAUAUAUAUCGCUGGGCUGUGAUGAGUUACGACGGGCGAACUGCUAAUGCUAUACGCGGCCAAUUAUGGCACAUUUUUUAGAAGUUCCAAUGUGGUGCGUUUUCCUGUUCCGCAUGGGAAAGCGCGUUUGUGCAUGACAGACCGCAGGAUCUGUUUGUGCCCGUGCGUCAGAGGGUCUAGAGUCACGUCAGAAAAGCGUGCCAAAUCUAGGAAUCUUCUAGACCCAGGCAUUAUUUGCAACGCAUAAUCGACAGAGUCGCAAGGCCUGGCUGCAAGCGCAACUCGAAGCCGCGCAAGCACCACAACUGCGGAAAACUGGGGCUAAUUUGGACGACGUAUCACUCAGGAAAAUUAAUAGAAUUACGUAGCGCUACUCGUGGUAGACCCGCUACAAAUAAGCAUACCGGAACUUCACCCUUUAUGCAGAAGUGGCAGUGUCUGGGCCUGGGGAGUUAAGUAAGUAUUUCGUGGUCACCUAAAAAAAAACAGCACGUGAUUGAUGUGAAAUGUUACUCGAUGUUGUAGUUUUCCUGUGUGAUACGACGAGAAGCUGCGCGAGGAUAUGGCACUCCAGGCGACGAGUGCUAUCGCGUCGGGUGGUGCUGGAGGAGCUGUCGAGGCUGCGACCCCGAAGGUGUCAUCAAUGCUGCCAAAGAUGUUGCGCGACCGUCGCGCGGAGGGGGAUCUGAGCGCGGCCGCGGGCAACCUGAUGCCAAACUUUGACCGAUCCUCUGUGACAGAAUUUGAGAACGCAUUGGAGCAGUUUCGCCGCACGGUAACAAAGUCCAAUGAGAAUAUCAAUUUAGCCGCCAUACGCGACUGUGUGACCCAGGUGGUUCGGGGGACCGUCUUGCUCAGCACGCAGGUGUACGACCUUGCGGACUCCUCGGAACCCGUGCGGUUGGUCCCGAAACGGCCCGGCAACGCGGGGACCAAAACCAGUUCCCAACAAGCGGCCACCUCCUGGUUCGCCUGGCUCUGUAGCGGGUGGUGGACCAAGACUGCUGCGGGAAAAAAUCCAACCGCAGUCAAUGCUGAAGUCGCGAGCACGGGUGCUGCUCCUGCCUCACCGCCGACAAGUCUGUAUUUGACAAAGACGCUCCUGAAUCAACUAUGGGGACCGGAACUGGUGCUGCGAAUCCUGUCGAAGUUUGUGGUCCGGUUCCCGGAGGAAGCGCCGCUUUCGCGCAUCGGAAGCGCCAUGGCGCGACUGCUCGGCAUGGUCCGAGACGAGGUGGACCGGCAAAAGAUCUGGAGCUCCAGCAACGAGAACACGAUGCUGCGGCGAGUGCCCACCGUGGACCCCGUGCUCCUGCAGGUGGUGGAUCUGGACACACUUGUGCAAAGCAUCAUCAACGCGGGCGACGGCAAAACAGUGUCCUGGGACGCCGCCUUUCGGGCCACAGCCGAGGAGAUCCGGCGUAAUCCGGGAAUUUUCAUUCGCGCGCGCGUGUCCGAGACGGAGGUGGGGUCGGGAAGAAUGCGCCUCCACAUCAAGGACGUCGUCGGGGAUACUGCAAUAUCAAACGCAAGUAUGGAUACGUCUGUGUCACUGCAUCGUUGUUCUCGGGGCUGCUGGACCAGCUAAGCUUUUUUCUUCCAAUGUCACUUUCCAGGUUGCGCGCAUCAAUGGAAAGCCGAGCAAGGAGAAUUUCGCUAGUCAUGAUGUGACACAUUAAGUUGUUGUCUUGUGUAGUUGAGCACAAACACACUGCCGUAUGUAUGUCCGAGCAAGUUUCCGUGGCUUUUCGGGACUCAGACAGAUACACUUGCACUGCAUACGAAACCAUCGUCGAAGUCGAGCACGUACUGUUCGUAUGGUCGCCUAAUGCUCUUUUUGCUGAAGCAAUUACUAGUGAAGAAUUCUGAUUUGUCAGGGUGUUAGUUGCUAAUUCAGUAAUUCUAUAGUUUAGAGCAAGAAUAACCCAUGAUCAAUCGUCAUAUGAAACUUCACGCCUCCCAUUAGGAUCCCGACCUGGAUGAAGAGUCGCUCCCGAGUGGUGCUUCCACCGCGAGUCUCGCUGCACCACGCCGGAUUCGGCGGAAGGACUCCGGGGCCGCGGUCAGGACUUUUUUUUGGCUUUGUCUUGCGGUAAUCCUCCUUGUCACGGCGGGGGCCAAGCAUUUACCUAAACAACGCCAGCGGAAGCUCCUGUCUGAACUUUUUCCCCGCUCCUACGGAACCAUGACUGGGGGGAACGUGGCCGAGAAAAAAAAAAGUAAGAUGCUCCGAUUAAUUUUGGUUUAUUCAUUCACGGGCAGCGUUCUGAUAAGCAUAAGACGAGUGAUGCGGCUGGCGACCAAAUCACUGCAGUUAAUCAAACUAAAAGGAAAAGAACACGCAGCGCGCUGACAGUUCCUAACUCGCCUGGUAGUUUCUCUGCAUUCCCUCCAAACUAUCGAAGUGGCUCGAUCUCGCUUUGAUUUAUGUUGUAUCUAUGAAUGUAUAAAGUUAAAGCAUAAGCAACUGUUUCUACACUAGGAAUAAAAGUUGUGGUCCAUUGAUAAGAGAUCAGACGGCGACAGCCGACUUUAUUCGGAAACUCUCAGGUAUCUUCUCCGAAAACUGCGGAGCCCAUGCGAAGGGCAAUCCUGACGAGUCCAACCUGUCGGGAGACCAGAUUAGGCACAUGGUAGCAGUAAUAUCACGACGCAGAAAAGUACACCUAGGCAUCCCGCUUUGAUUUCCUUUUUUGUGCUAGUUCUGUGGCUGUGCCAGUUGCGUGACCGUCGGCUGUUCCGAGCAAAUCAUGAACCCUUCUUCCGUCUCGGGCGCGCAGUCCGAUAGAUUUACUACUUUGGCCCGGUUCGACGUGUACCUACCGGCUUGAUGCAGUGUGCUUACCGGCUCGGUUCAGCGCGCUCUUAGCCCGAAGCUCGGUGGACCGUGCAAGCGUUUCGUGCUGCGUUUUUCAUGUGCAAAUGAUGGCUGCUAUCUCAGCCGCGUAUCUGUACUAUACUGAAAUCGCGUCGCGAUGUGAGUACUCAUAUCUUUGGCGAUGCUCUAGGCUUACUUUUCUGCACAAUAGGGGGUGUGGGGUACUGUUGCGCAUGUUUUCCGAAAGUGGUUGGUAAACGACAAGUCCCAGCAAGUGCUAUCUAGAGGAAAUUUGUCCCACCCGCCCCGCCCAUGCCGAAAUAUGUGCAUUGAUUCGCGAACGCGAAGCUCAAGCUCUCCAUGAAGUGCGAUGUGGACAUGAUAUGAUACGAGAAAGAUUCCGAUGGAUAAAAAUAAAAUGCUCAAAGAUUCCACUUCGAGUGCGAGCGGGGCUGAUGUCUGCAUGGGGUACAGUCCGUGUUGUACUGUGAGACCAAGUAACAACAAAGAUGAACGGCUUUUGCACCAGUGCUGUUGAUGUGCCCAGAAUAAAGGUCCGUUUCAUUGUGGAACUACUUGUUCGCAGGGCGUGCGCGUGCAUUUCAUCUUGUUCGGCCGGGGGGGGGGUGCGCUACUUCGCUCACUUUCAUACGCUCGCGCAGAGGACUACAACGGUCGCGGAACGACCCAACCACUCUAUUCCUACGGAAGUUGUGAGCCGGACAACGAGGAACAACUCACGCCAGGUGGAGAUAAGCACCAGCCGCGACACAACUCUGACGGCUGCCAGUCGACCGCGUUUGAUCCAUUGGAAAGCUCCUGCUCACGCACUACACCGCAGACCGGGGAGGAGCUGUUACGUACAUGUGGAAGCGCCUCUUUCUUGGACACCAUGAAUGCAAGCAACAAUGUUGCAGUUACUGAGCACCGACUGCACGACUCCGCUAACGCUGAGGAAGAAGCGGUUUCAUCCUGGACUGCGCAGGUUUGCGACUACGGCACUGCCAUUCAUGAAGCACUGCGGCGCGCCGAAGAGCCCGUCACAGCUGCUACCUCCGCGAACUCAAGUGCGUGCACUACAGACAAGCACGAGUGUCUUCUAUAAAAAUUCUUUCAACACUAAAACCAAAUGUAAGAUUUAAACUAAAUAGAGAAUCAACUUCAAGGAUAAACGAGUAGACUCAUCGCUGCAGUCACACAAUCGCGCUCUCCGUAGGCACCAAGUAGGACAAAAGAAUAUUACUAGAAAAAAAAAUUAUUUGCAAAAUCAGUCGUAAAAACAGGUAGAAGAAAACGUACCACGUCUCUCUUCGCUGCAGCGUGAAAUUAUGUCCAACCGGAUGAACCAACAUGUAUGAUUUAUUAUUAUCCGAUUGUUGUACAACAAGAGCAAGACAGAGGAAGAGUUGCAACUUCAAUUUACUUCAAAACCCAUCUUCCCAAGAAUACAUGAAAAUAGAUAAUUCAUUUACCGGAAAAAUGAAAUGAUUUUUACUGUUGAGAGACAGAGCGUGUGGGUGUCACAGGCCUAUGUGCCCACUCGAGACCACGGUCUGCCCUCGUAGGCUUGAGCUGUGUGUCGCCGCUUCGUCAACAACCGAGUUGUACUACAACUCUACUCACAUCCUACCUUGAUUGCAAAGAGAAAUAUGUAAUGAACAAAGCCGUAAGAAAACUAAAAGUAAAACCGCUCGUCUAUUUGUAUUUGCUUCUCAUCCCCGCCCUACCUGCUACCUCCUCGGCCUUUCUGCUCCUCCUCAGAACAUAAAAGGCGUGCGUAGAUCUCCCUGUCGUUGAUUCAAAGGACAGAUAUUGUUUCCUCAUAAAAUGGUUGCCACCAUUCUUAUUUGGUUGCGAAUCAGAUUAAAAAAUUGUGCGCUGUUAUAUGCCUGCGCAACCGUGGUGUGUUGAGAAGGAGUCUUGAACUC